GAUUGGCCGGGGGCUGCGCGCGCAUCGCCUCGGCCACGGUAGGGCGGGGGAGGGGUCGCUCCUGGCCGCCGCCGCCAGCCCCGGGCGCCCCCCGCCCCCGCUCGUCGCCAUGGAAACGGGGCCCCCCGCUCCCCCGCCCCGCCCCACCCGCCCCCGCCCCAAGAUGGCCCCCGGCCCCCCGGCGGGACCCCUGGCCAAUGGGGUGACGGUGAGCGCCGCCGGGCGGGGGGCAACGUCCAAUGAGGGGGCGGAAGAGACCCGUCGCCGCCCGGAGGCGGCCAAUGAGGGAACGGAAGGCCGACGGGGGUCAAAGGCCGCGGCGGGGUCAACGGGGGUCAACGCCGGAUCGACGCGGGGCGCAGCGGGGUCAACGGAGGCCGAGGAGGCGUCGACGACAGCCAACGAGGGCGCGGGGUCCCGCCCCACGGCGGCGGACGACGGCGUGAGGUCGGUGGAGGUCACGGCGGGGGCGAAGGCCAGCGAGGCGUCAACGGCGGCCAUCGCGGGGUCAACGGAGGUCGGCGGGAGGUCAACGGCGGCCGGUGCGGGGUCAACGGUGAGCAGCGCGGGGUCAACGGCGGCCAAUGAAGAGCCAGAAGCCCACGGGAGAUCAACGGCGGCCAUCGCGGGGUCAACGGAGGUCGGUGGGAGGUCAACGGCGGCCACCUCGAUGUCAAUGGUGACCGGCGUGGGGUCAACGGCAGCCAAUGAAGAGCCAGAAGCCCACGGGAGGUCAACGGCGGCCAUCACGGGGUCAAUGGAGGUCGGCGGGAGGUCAACGGCGGCCACCUCGAUGUCAACAGUGACCGGCGUGGGGUCAACACCAGCCGAGACGGGGUCAACGGUGGCCAGUGAGGAGCCAGAAGCCCACGGGAAGUCAACGGUAGCCAUUUUGGGGUCAAUGACGGCCAAUGAGAAGCCGGAAGCCCAUGGGAAGUCAACGGCGGCCAUCUCGGGGUCAACAGCGGCCAAUGAGGAGCCAGAAGGACACGGGAGGUCAACGGCGGCCAUCUCGGGGUCAACACCAGCCAAGACGGGGUCAACAUUGGCCAAUGGAGAGUCAACAACGGCCAACGAUGAGCCGGAGCCUCGCGCCGCCUCCGCGGCGGCCAUCUUAGAGCCACGUCCAUCCGAAGCAGCGCCGGAGACCCGCGCCGCCUCGACGGCGGCCAUCUUGGAGCCAUCGGCAGCCCCGUCGGCCACCGUUUCGGGCUCUCUGGGGGAGCGGAGCCUGGCGGGGGCCAACGGGCCGGGCCGGGGCUCGCAGGGCAGCCUGGGUCCCGGUAUCCCGGGGCCGCGGGGGACGGACCUGGAUUCGGUGAGUCUCCUGUCAGGGACGCUGGAGUCGUUGAGCGGUCCCUUCCCCGAUGACGUCAGCUCCAUGGGUUCCGACUCGGAAGUGGCGGCACCGUCCUACCGUCGCACCGACCGUUACGGCUUCCUGGGGGGCAGCCAGUACUGCGAGGCGCCGGAGACCUCGGUGCCCGUGGACGUGGCGCGGCAGCGGGAGCUGAAGUGGCUGGAGAUGUUCAACCAUUGGGACAAGUGGCUCUCGCGGCGCUACCAGAAGGUGAAGCUGCGCUGCCGUAAGGGCAUCCCCUCCUCCCUGCGAGCCCGCGCCUGGCAGCUCCUCUCCGACAGCAAAGCUCUCCUGGACCGCAACCCCGGCCUCUUCCAGGAGCUGGAGCGGCAGCCGGGGGAGCCGCGGUGGCUGGACGCCAUCGAGAAGGAUCUGCACCGGCAGUUCCCCUUCCACGAGAUGUUCGUCGCCCGCGGGGGGCACGGGCAGCAGGACCUGUACCGCAUCCUCAAGGCCUACACCGUGUACCGGCCCCAGGAGGGCUACUGCCAGGCCCAGGCCCCCGUCGCCGCCGUCCUCCUCAUGCACAUGCCUGCCGAGCAAGCCUUCUGGUGCCUGGUGCAGAUCUGUGAGAAAUACCUGCCCGGCUACUACAGCGCCGGCCUGGAGGCCGUGCAGCUGGACGGGGAGGUGUUCGGGGCGCUGCUGCGUCGCGCGGCCCCCGCCGCCCACCGGCACCUGCGGCGUUUCCGGGUGGAGCCGGUGCUUUACCUGACCGAGUGGUUCAUGUGCAUCUUCGCCCGCAGCCUGCCCUGGGCCGCCGUCCUCCGCGUCUGGGACAUGUUCUUCUGCGAGGGUACGGGGGUCCCGCCUCCGUGGGUGGGACGGAGCCGUGGGCACGGUCACCGUCCGUGGGCAACGGCCACCUCCCAUGUCCCGCGUCCCCGCGUCCCCGCGUCCCACAUCUUCGUGGCAACGUCCCACAUCCGCGUCCCCACGUCCCAUAUCUUCCUGCCAACGUCCCCUACCACGUCCCGUGUCCCACAUCCGUGUCCGUGUCCCAUGUCCCCAUGUCCCCAUGUCCCACGUCCUUGUGUCUGUGUCCCACGUCCCACAUCCAUGUCCCACGUCCACGUCCCACACCCACCUCCCAUGUCCCCACGUCCCACAUCUUCACGCCAACGUCCCGCUCUCAUGUCCCACAUCCAUAUCCAUGUCCCACGUCCCACAUCCACGUCCACGGCCCACGUCCCAUGGCCCACGUCCCAUGUCCACGUCUACAUCCACAUCCCAUGUCCGUGUCCAUGUCCCGUGUCCCAUGUCCACAUCCACACCCAUGUCCCAUGUCCCACGUCCGCGUCCCACAUCCACAUCCAUGUCCCACAUCUCAUGUCCCAUGUCUACAUCCGUGUCCAUGUCCCACGUCCAAUGUCCCACGUCCACGUCCCACGUCCAUGUCCCACGUCCCACGUCCCAUGUCCACAUCCACGUCCAUGUCCCACGUCCAAUGUCCCACGUCCCACGUCCACGUCUACAUCCAUGUCUAUGUCCCACGUCCCACAUCCCACAUCCAUGUCCAUGUCCCACGUCCAUGUCCCACAUCCACAUCCCACAUCCCAUGUCCAUGUCCCACGUCCCACGUCCACGUCUACAUCCAUUUCUAUGUCCCAUGUCCCACGUCCCACGUCCACAUCCACGUCCCAUGUCCCAUGUCCACGUCCCACAUCCACAUCCAUGUCCCGUGUCCCACGUCCCACCUCCAUGUCCAU